GCCGACUCGAUCUUUCCUCUCCUCCCACGGUCCACCGACGACAGGACUCUUCCUUCUUCUUCCUCACCCCCGCUCCAGCUCCAGCUCGCCUCUCUCCUCUCCUCUCCUCACCUAGGGUUUCGCUUCCCGUCUCGCCGUCGUCGCCAUGGGGGACAACUACUUGUUGGACGACGAAGGCGAGCCGACCAUGGACCUCGACGAACGGGAGCCCUCCCCGGAGCCCCAGCCCUACGAAGACCUCGAUGACGACCUCGGCGACGGCGGCGAUUGGACCCGCGGCCGCUCCCCGACCCCCGUCCACGGCGACGACGGCGGGGCGGGGUCCUCCUCCAAGCCCCGGAAGCGCCUUCUCAAGAAGGGCGGCGGCGGUGGCGGCGGCGGCAUGCCCGGCGACGACGGGCUGGAUGACUUUGCGUUGGAGGACGAGGACGCGGACCCCGCGGCUGAGGCGAGGAAGAGGAAGGGCUCGUCGUCGCUGAGGGACCUCGCGAGGGGCGGGGCGGGCAAGGAGAAGAAGGAGAAGAAAAGGCGGAGGGAGGAUGACGGCAGGGGGAGGGAUAGUGGGAUGGUGAGGGACAGGCGGGGAUCAGGAGGGAGGGACUCAGGCGGUAGGGAGGACCAGGAUGAUGGGGAGAGGGAGAUCCAGGAGCUCUGGGAUACCAUUGCUGGUGAUGAUUCAGAGGAUGACCAAGAAGGUGUUAGAACUGUAGACGAUGAUAAUUUCAUUGAUGACACUGGGGUUGAUCCAGCUGAUCGUUAUGGCAGCGAUAAUGAGCGGCAUUCACCUGGACGUUAUGCACAGGCUGAGGAGGGUGAGGAGGACGAUGAAAUUGAGCGACUCUUCAAGGGUGGUAAGAAGAAGAAGAAGAAUGAUCGCCCUCGUGCAGAUAUUGGUCUUAUAGUGGAACAAUUCAUUGCCGAGUUCGAGGUAGCAGCCGAAGAAGAUGCGAACUUGAAUAGGCAAUCAAAGCCAGCCAUUAAUAAACUUAUGAAGCUUCCUCUGCUCAUAGAUGUUCUCUCCAAGAAGAAUCUUCAGCAGGAAUUUCUUGACCAUGGAGUUCUCACUCUUCUAAAAAAUUGGCUUGAGCCAUUACCUGAUGGAAGCAUGCCAAACAUGAAUAUUCGAUCUGCUGUACUGAAAUUAUUAACUGAUUUUCCAAUUGACUUGGAGCAAUAUGACCGAAGGGAGCAGCUUAAGAAAAGUGGUCUCGGAAAGGUCAUUAUGUUUUUGUCCAAAUCUGACGAGGAGACUACUGCAAAUAGGAAAUUGGCUAAGGAGCUGGUUGAUAAAUGGAGUCGACCAAUAUUUAACAAGAGCACGAGAUUUGAGGACAUGAGGAGAUAUGAUGAGGAUGAAAGAGCACCUUACAGGCGGCCACAAAUGAAGAAACCUUCGUCGAGUAGCUCUGGAAUGGAAUCCAGAGAUGAUGAUCUUGAUGCUGACUUUUCACAACGCAAGUCUGGGCAAAGUAGUUCAAGGCAGCAUGCUUCUAGGCCAGAAGCAUCGCCUUUGGACUUCGUCAUUCGUCCACAGUCCAAAAUUGACCCUGAGCAGAUACGAGCUCGUGCUAAGCAGGCUGUCCAAGACCAGCGUCGGCUGAAGAUGAACAAGAAAUUGCAGCAGCUGAAAGCGCCCAAGAAGAAAAACCUUCAGGCAUCGAAGCUCAGCGUGGAAGGCCGUGGCAUGAUCAAGUACCUGUAGAUCACUCACUGUGGCAUCUGCAGUCAGCAGUGCCCUGCACAUGAUACAGUGCCUGCAGGGAUUGCUGAAUUAGUAUGAAGCAUCCUCCCACCAUCCAUGGCAAACAGCUCGGCAUCAAUAAUUGCUUGGAUCUUUUAUCCAAGUAUUUUUCUUGCCUGGUAGGGUGCAACAUCCGUGCUUCAGAAACCGGAUGGUUUGGGCACUAUCAAUUGCAGAGGCUUCUACUAUGAGCUUGCAUAAACAAUGGCGCUUCUCAAGCAGAGUGGUGCCUUUAUAUUGUAUAAUAAAUAUUUAUAAUGCUUGAAGGGUUGAAGUUCGGUUGUUUGUACUUGAAGGAAGUUAUGCCUUGUGAAAAAUCAAAACAUAGUGCGACAAAUGAUUAAUUGUGCUUACCAAACUGUAACUCAAUUUUGAUAAAUGGCAAUUCUUGGAGUCUUCCAUCUUGCUGCU